AUGUUCGGAACAGAUAGCACAAAUCGUGGAACAAUCGCUGCAAAAUUUCCAUUUGAUGACAAUGAAGCGGCUGAUUUAUUAGCAAAAUUAUUAGCAUCGAAAACAGAUACUAAUAAAAUGCAAAUAUUUCACAUUCUUAUACAAAUUAACAAUGCACAACGACAAAUGAUUAAAACACCGUAUAAGAUAAAAUACAAUAAAGAUUUAAUGAUUGAUUUAAUAAAUGGAUUACCGGAUUGUAAAGAUAUCAUUUUGGCACUUAUGGAAACACCAACUAAAUAUGAUACUUUACAACUCAUCAAAGCAAUUAAUGGAACAAAUAUCAAUGAGCCAUUAUUAAUCGAAAUUCUUUGUUCACGGACUAAUUUGGAAUUAACUGCAAUCAAAAAUCAAUAUCAAAUCAUCUUGGGAAAUAAACUGGAAACUGAUAUAGCUGCACGUAUAAACAGUGAUGACCUCAGGGAUAUUUUGUUGACCGUUAUUCAAAAAUCGGUCACCGCAAUAAACAAUAACGAUAUCAUUGAUCGAGAAAAAAUUAAACAAGAAGUGAAAAAAAUAUUAAAUGAAAAGAAGAAAAUUGAUAAAACAGCCGUGAAAAAUAUUAUUGGAUCACUUCCAACAAAUCAAUUAAAUAUUUUCACAAUCGAAUAUGCAACAAUUGCGGGACGUCAAAUUGAGCAAGAUAUUGAA